GAAAAGGAGGAGAACAACCUAGUCCACACGAUCGGUUUUCCCCCUCCAAUUGAGGAACAACCGGUAUAGUACCGUUCCCCCUCCUCCCCAAGAACAUCAUUAAAAAGCCACGGCCGAUGAGCCACAUUCUUGUGUCCUACACGCCAUUGAAGUCCCACGCCACCUCCUCCCUCCUCCUCCUCCUCCUCCUCCUCCUCCUCCUCCUCCCCCUCCCUUCCUCUUUCUCUCCGUCAAUGGCUAUCAUCCUCCCACCCAAGGCCCUCUGCCUCCUCCCUCUCCUCUUCCUCUCCGCCCACUCGCAGUUCCUCCCCUUCCGGGGCAGCUUCCUCGACCGGCUCUUCGGCCUCGAGAAGCCGGUUGGCGGGUCCGGGCCGAGGGACGUGCUCGAGGGUAACGACGGUGGGGUCGCGGGCGACGAGGGGGACUGGACGGAGGCGGUCGAUGCCGACCCGGGAUUCAGGUUCGCGCUCUUCGGCAGCGGCACGACGGAGGCCGCGGAGGAGGGCGAGUUCGAGGGGAAAUGGGAGGUCGUGUCCCAGAACUCCGGCGUCUCGGCCAUGCACAUGCAGCUGCUGCCGAACAACAAGGCCCUGAUCUUCGACUCGACGGUGUUCGGGCCGUCCAAGAUCCGCUUGGCCAAGAACACGCGCUGCCCCGUGAGGCCCAAGGCUAAGGGACCCGAUUGCUGGGCUCAUGCCGACAUCUACGACAUCAAGACCGGGGCGCUCCGGCCACUCAACAUAAUUACGGACCCGUGGUGCUCUUCCGGCGGGCUCGGAGCCGACGGAAACUUCGUGAGCACCGGAGGUUUUGACGCCGGCAGCAAAUCGGUUCGGUUUCUCGGCCUAUGUGACCACUGUGAUUGGCAAGACACCCCCAAUGUUCUUGGCAACGGAAGAUGGUACUCAACUCAGACCAAGCUCGACGACGGGGCCUUCGUUGUCAUGGGCGGCCGCCGCUCCUACAGCUACGAGUUCGUCACGGUCGACAACCGGAUCUCCGCCAAGACGACCUUCUUCCCCUUCCUCGACGAGACGACCGACCUCGACGAGAACAACCUCUACCCCUUCGUCAACCUCCUCCCCGACGGCAACAUCUUCGUCUUCGCAAACAGCCGCUCCAUCAUCCUCGACCCCCGCAACAACAAGGUCAUUCGCGAGCUCCCCCGCCUCAUUGGCGGGUCCCGCAACUACCCAGCCUCGGGGAUGUCCGCGCUCCUCCCCAUGAAGCUCAAGAACAAGAUGGACGCGAGGCAGGUCAAGGCGGAGGUCAUCGUGUGCGGCGGCGCGAAGCCGUCGGCGUACCGGGCGGUAGAGAAGAACCAAACGUUCAUGCCAGCGCUCCGGGACUGCGCCCGGAUCGUGGUGACCAACCCAAACGCGCAGUGGAAGAAGGAGGCGAUGCCGUCGCGGAGGGUCAUGGGGGAUAUGCUCAUCCUGCCUACCGGAGAUCUCCUCUUGCUUAAUGGAGCUACCAAAGGCACAUCUGCGUGGAACUUCGCGGCCGACCCGAACUAUGUCCCGGUCCUCUACUCGCCCGAGAAGCCUGCCGGUGAGCGUUUCCGGGAGCUGAAGGCCGCCACCAUCCCCCGCAUGUACCACGCCACCUCCAUGGUCCUCCCCGACGGCAAGAUCCUCGUCGGAGGCAGCAACACCAACCCGACCUACCUCUUCACCGACGUCCAGUACCCGACCGAGAUGCGCAUGGAGAAGUUCUCUCCCCCCUACCUCGACCCGGCCCUCCAGCAGUACCGCCCCAAGAUCGUCGCUGAACUCACCGACAAGAAGAUGAAGUAUAACAAGAGCUUCUACGUCAAAUUCAGGGUCGCCUCCGACGGCCAGAAGGUGAGCAAGAGGGACGUGAAGGUGACCAUGUACGAGCCGCCCUUCACGACGCACGGGUAUUCCAUGAACCAGAGGCUUUUGGAGCUCGCCAACACCAAGCUGAGGAAGGAGGGCGACAUCUACCACCUCGAUACCAAGUCGCCCCCGUCCGGGACGAUCGCGCCGCCGGGUUAUUACUUGAUAUUCGUGGUGUACAAGGGCGUCCCAAGCGUGGGAGCGUGGGUUCAAAUCCAGUAAGAAAGAUGUAGGUUUUGGAGAUCGGCCUUGCAUGGGUCGAUUCCUUAUGUGUUCCUAUGCCUAAAUUGGGUACAGGUCGCAUAUGUAUUGUGCUCUGGGUGUAAUCUGGGGAGUGCCAGACGAAUGAUCACCAUGGAAAGGCAAUGUUUAUCUCGAAAUUGAUGUUCUCCUAGUUUAGUA